AUGUUUUUUGAAGGAAAUGCUGGAUGUGCCGAUUUUCGCGUUUUUCGGCAAGAUCCUCCACGCUCUUGUGAUAUCAGAUGUGACGGCUGCCACUACAGAAUUUGGGUCGCUCUCAGUAUAGGUCUCUCAGUGACACUGGUAGUUUUUUCGGCUGUCAUCGUGUGUAUCGUUCUUGCGUUGGUAUUUUCUCUCUAUAUUCUCUUCAGCCAACCAAAGCAAAUUCGUGUGGUCGAUGUUGUUCAUAGGAGAGUCGCGAAACCGACUUUGAGGAAGGAGGCGGUUCAGCGUGGCGUUUUGGGGACACUGCGGAGAAUGCUACCGACUAAGUUUUCCCGUAUUUAUAUAGUUAUGGUUUCAUAUUCACUUUCCCACUUUGCAGUUACUUAG